AGCUUUCAUAGUUAUAUAAUUACGUCUUAUACACGUAUACAUAUAAAAUGGAUGACAGCGAGGAAAAAGCUUUACGUUUUCCUGAGUUCGAUGGAAUGGCCUUACCACCAUUUGCUCCAUUGAUAGAAGAUGCCAAGAAAAGGUUUGAUGAGAUACGAAAUCUGGAAUGCAGAAGGGACGAUGUCAUACUGGCCGCUUAUCCAAAGUCAGGUUCGAAUUGGGUGUGGGAAAUAAUCGGCAUGUUGCUCAAAAACAAGGCAGAAUACACACAGCGAAGCAAGGUGUCUCUCUUUCUGGAAUCCCUGCCAGACCUGAGCGAAGUCCACACCAUUCAUUCUCCCAGAACACUCAACACACAUGUUCCUUACAGAUGGCUCCCAAAACAGCUCUUAGAAAAUGGCGGGAAAAUUGUUCACAUUAUGAGAAACCCCAAAGAUGUAGCGGUUUCCAUGUUUCAUUUUCUAGAUCCCCAUUUCCAAGAUUUCAAAACGUUUUAUGACAACAUAUACAUGUGUCCAGUUGCAGCGAUGGGAGGUUGGUUUGCGUAUGAAAAGGAAUUUGAAAAAGCAGAGACGAACGAUAAACGUGGUGUCAUUUUCACAUUGCACUAUGAGAGUAUGAAAAAGAACCCAAGAGAAGAAACUAAAAGGCUUGCCGAAUUUUUAGAUGUUGAUUUAAAAGACGAAGUUCUAGAUGAGGUUGUGGAUAAGUGUAGCUUCGAGAAACUAAAAACCAGAGCAACACAGAAAGAUCACUCCAAUUUACCAGAGCUUCUUAAGGAAAUGGUAUCCAAAGUGUACCGAAAAGGAGAGAUUGGUGAUUGGAAGAACCAUUUUACGGUGGCGAUGAAUGAAGAAUUUGAUGAAAUGUUCAAGGAAGAAAUGAAAAAUUCGGAAAUUAAAGUACAAUUUGAAUGACUAUCUUCACAAACAGGAGUUCCAUUGCAUUGUUGACAAUUAUUUAGUGGUCUUUUAACAGCUUAAAACCAGUCCUUUAUAUCACACAGCAUAAAGUAGGAAUUCAAAAUGAACCAUUAUAUCCUACCUUAGCAUUAAUCUUGUGUUCAUUUAAUCAUAUCACAUUAUAUCAUUUAUAUGCUUACUGUAUACGUUAGUAUUUUUACAGCUACAUGUAAUGCGCAGGAUUUGGGUGCCAUAUAAUGCGGCAUUCUGGGAGUCAUACAUGUAUAUACAUGAAGAAAAGUGAUCUCGAAUUUCAUUUCAUAUUUAAAUCCCUGAUGAUUAAAUCUUCUUACGUGAGUAAUAAAAAUGUUUCCACGUACUGAUAUUGUUGUAAGUAGUCUAAGAAUAACUUUCCUUAGUUGUUUUACAUAUUGACGUCAUUGCUAAAGUUUAUAUGUACAAUCUUUAGCAAUAAAGAAUGUAGCUACU